GCCAGUUCUGCCAAGAAGAAGUUGGGAGCAGAGACAAAGCAAGAUGAAUGCAUCUGGAGCAAGCUGUGGGAGCCCUGGUUCUGCAGAGCCUGCAGGAGAUUUCUUCAAGGAGCUGUGGUCCAAGCUGAAGGAGUGUCACGAUAAAGAAGUACAAGGCUUACAGCUGAAAAUAUCUAAGCUGAAAAAGGAAAGAUGCUUGGAUGCAGAGAGGCUUGAAGAGUUUUAUACCAAGAACCAACAGCUCAGAGAACAGCAAAAAGCACUGCAUGACACUAUCAAGGUUUUAGAAGACAGGCUGAGGGCAGGGCUGUGCGACCGCUGCGCCGUGACUGAGGAGCACAUGAGGAAGAAGCAGCAGGAGUUCGAAAGCAUCCGGCAGCAGAACCUUAAACUCAUCACUGAGCUCAUGAAUGAAAAAAACAACCUGCAGGAUGAAAACAAGAAAAUAACUGAACAGUUCCAGCAAUUACAGAAGGAGUUGGAGCAGCGAAAGCAGCAGGCGGCGGAGCUGGAAGCCGAAGUCAUCCCAGAUUCGCCCGUGCUGAGCUCGUCGCUGUCGGCGGCCAGCCGCAUGAGGAGGAGGAAGGAGAGCAGGCACAUCCGCUACACCGAGCACAGCCCCCCGCGCCUGGGGGCCGGCGCCGCUGGUGAGGAGUUUGGAAAAAUUCCUCUCUUUUCCACACAAGUGAACAGUCAGCAUGGAGAAGAGAUACUGGUGGCAGACACCUGUGACCCACAGCUGUCCCCUGUACCAAGUAAACCCAAGGUGGGAGGCUAUCCUCUUCCAAAGCCAGCAUUUAACUUGGCUGCAGUUGUGGCAGAAACAAUUGGACUUGGUGUUCAAGAGGAACCUGAGUCCCAAAAUGUGCUGAGCCCUCCUCACACCAAUACUGCCCUGAGCCAGGCCCCAGAGAGCAUGCAGGCUGAAGACUCAAGAAAGCAUCCAGCUUCUGACUCAAGAAAUGAUGACAACAAUGUAGGCCUUUCAGAUGCAGCUCAGAGCACCCCACCACGUGCUGACUGGGAUCCUCAGGUAGCCUCUCCUGUCUUCGGAGCUCCUAGCAGUGUGAAGACCAACUCAAGUGCCAGCCGUGCCCCUUGUGUUGUAGAUUCAGGACUGAAGCCUAACCUCAAACCCAGCCUUUUCAACAAUCCUCCCUGUUCCAGAGCUCUUAAAAGUAGACCAAAAUCUGAAGAUGUUGCUUUUGUUGCACCCCUGAACCUGGGAGCAGAGAUCAACUCCGUUAUCGGCCAGGCCGCUCUCUGCAGGCAAAUGCUUGCGGGCGGCUCUUGCGCAGCCAAAAGCGAGGUGAGCAAGAGCGAUUUCCUGCCUGGGCAGCAGAAGCAGCUAGAAGGCAGGUGUGCUAAGAGAAAGCAAGCUGAAGAGGAGCGUGCAGGGAGCCGUGAGCAAGCGUCCUUCAACAAGGAGAAGUCGGUGCCCUGCGGCGCGGGGGCCCGGGCCGGCAGCGGGGAGCACGCGGCCGAUAAGCCUCUGGACCUCUCCGAUCGCUUCUCCGGAGCUCGCUGUCAGGAGAGGAGGCAGGGAGCUGAGGAGGCCUGUAAGAACAGACUGAAGCAGGUGACUCUGCAUGACAUUUUUUCACAGCUAGGGAAGCCUGUCCCCGAAGGUCCUUCGUCCAAUGCCAACAGUGAGAGCUGUUUGUUUGGCAGAGGUUUGCAAGAGGAGUCCUACCCGCAGGAGGCCACGCGGGGAAAGGCAUUCCCAGAGAAGAAAAGCCAGAGCCAGAUGAAAGAAGAAGUUCUUCCCUUCAAAGUCAGCCCACUGCCAAGUUCUGCAGAGACAGAGCAUCUCUUUGAUGACUUGAAGGUUGCCAGUGGCCAUGUACCACACAGAAAGAAAGCAAGGACAGGACAUGGAGAGUCUGAACCAGCAUCUGUACUUCAACCAAACCCUUGUAGACUAUCCAAAACUAAAGCCCUGCCAAGUGACCAAGAGCUGAAGGAGAAACCUUUAGAGAGCUUCCAGUGGAGCAUAGACCCAGGAGCUGACUUUUCACAGUACAAAAUGGAUGUUACAGUAAUUGACACAAAGGGUGGUUCUCAGUCCCGAGCCAGAGGGGAGGUGGAUCUGGAUUACACCUAUGUUAAUGAGAGUGUGCUCUUCAAACUGAAAACCCCAGAGCAAAGCCAGGACAGCAGCCCAGGAGGAGAGACAAAAAUGAAUGACAGCCUCACAGAGAUGUUUGAUAGGACAUCCCAUGAGGAUUAUGAGUCCUGCCUGGCAGGAGAGAGCCCUUCAGGGUGUGAGGAGAAGGAAGCUCUCCCUGAUGAAGAGCAGGAGAAAGGAAUCCCAGCAGCAAGCAAGAGACUGAAGAGUGAGCAGGAGGACAGACAAGAUAAAGCCAAGCAGAAAGCUUUUGUGGAGCCCUAUUUCAAAAGUGAUGAAAGGAGGAACCCUGUGCUGGAUUUCCCUCACAUUGAGAUCGUUCGGAAGAAGGAGGAAAGAAGGAAGCUGCCUGGCCACACCUGCAAGGAGUGUGAGAUUUAUUAUGCAGACAUUCCAGAAGAGGAGAGAGAGAAGAAGUUGGCUUCCUGCUCACGGCACAGGUUCCGCUACAUCCCUCCAAACAGCCCGGAGAACUUCUGGGAGGUUGGAUUCCCUUCCACCCAAACCUGUGUGGAAAGAGGCUACAUCAAGGAGGACGUUGGUCCCUGCCAGCGGCCCAAGCGGCGCCAGCCCUACGCCGUCAUGUUCUCUCCGAAAGCCAAAGAGCAGAAGACAUAAAGGCUGGGCCAGAGGGGCACAGCAGCCUGAGGAGUCUCUUUCCUGUCCUUAGCUAUUUAUAGUUAAUAUAAACCUGACCUG